AUGGGUGUGUCCCUCUGUGUGUACUGGGUCACCACCAGUCCUAUAUGCUGUUUCUGCGGAGAUCUGGCAUGAGGCACUGUCAUGGAUCUUGAAGCUGCUCUUCUUGGAUUUGGGCUACCACCCCAACCUUCCAUCUGGGCAGUUCCAGGAGCUGUGAUUUCCACAGACAGUGAUGUGAGCAUCUUCUGCAGGACACCUCCUGGAGUGACCAGAGUGCAUCUCUACUAUGAUGAACCUUAUGGAAAAUGGUUUGAUCAUACCCCAGAGGGAGCCCAGGAGGUGUUUGAAUUCUGUCAGCAGGAUAUGACGCACAUCAGUGCAGGGAUUUACUACUGUGUUUACAAGGAGAAACCAUCCCUUACUGUAGAUACAGGACCUCAGGGAUUCUCAGAAAGAAAUGUGACUCUCCUCUGUCACACACCUCAUUCCUUUGAGAUCUUCAUCCUCUGCAGAGGUGGAAAUGCUUCCUUACCCCAGAACUGCUCACAUCAGUCCCACAGUGCAUUCCUCAUCUCCCCUGUGAGCCCAGGGAACAGGAGGACCUACAGAUGCUUUGGCUCUUACAAAAGCAAUUCCUACUUGUGGUCCCUGUCUAGUGAUCCCCUUGAGUUGUCAAUCCCGGAGACUUCUCCUUCAAAUUACAGAUUAGUGAAUAGCGUCCGGCUCAUUAUGGCUGUCAUCAUUGUGUUAACCCUUGGGGCUCUAUUGCUGGAUGCUUGGAAGAGCAGAAGAGAGCCCAUGGGGCCUUCAGAGAGCCCUAAGAUGAGCACCUAGCUGCUCCCUUCUACACGUCAACAAAAUGUUGGCAAUCAAGAGUCUAAGAGGCGAUGUGAAUUCUCUGCUGAGUAUUCAGUGUCAGCUGAUGUGGUAUUAUACCUGCGAUGUGACUAGAAUUUCAGAAUUCUUUGUGUGGUGUUUGUAGGAGAGAUACCCUUAGUAGUAGUUCCCUGUUUCUGUCUCCUGUAUAUCCUGUAGGACAGUUCCAUGUAGUGCCAUUCUUCAUUUCUUAUUUCUCUGCACAAGAUUGCUUUCCUCUUCAUUCUUCCUUGCUACCCUGUGGACAUCCUACUUUGGAAUGUGAGUGUAUUGCAUUGUUUACAUCAACACAGAGCUGUCACCAGUGCCAACAUCCUACAGACAUAGGAAUGUCAACGCCUUCCCCUGGUCCUUGUGUAGAUGCUGAUUGCGAGUGCAGUAAGUUCCAUAUGCAUCGUCCUCAUCUAUGAUGACUGUUGUUUUAGGCCGUUCUCCUCCAAUGACCACCAAUGACAGGAGCUAACAUAGACUUAGUGGUGUCAUCUAGGCUUCUCUGUUCUUUAUCCCUUGCAACAUCAAUGGUAUAUCUGAAGAUAUUCUUAAAUGAUGGCAUGGCAUUCAUCUCUGAGCCCAGAGAAUGAAAUCUGCUCUGUAACUUCUGUGCAGUCACACUACAAUGAGGUCAUUCCCUUUAACCAUUCUUCCUUGGUAAAAAAAGUCCCAUGCUAUUAGCCUCCACUUUCCACGAUAAAACUUACUUAAUAUUUGCAGAUUCACCACCAAUGUCUUCACAAAAUUCUUCCAUUCCUUCUGGCCCCACAGUCUCACUAAGACCUGCAUAUUCAUAAAACCAAGCCAGGCACGUUUUUCUUAAAGAAUCUCCCUUCCACUACUAGUCUAGAAGAAGGCUGGGAUCUGCAAUAGCUGGAGAUUUGAUACUUUUUUAAGCCCCCCACAUUCUGUGACAGCUCCUGCCACUCCAUGGGCUUUUCUUUUUUCCUUCACUGGCAUCUUCUGCCUUUCCUGGCAAGGUGGACAGGGCAGCUGGGGAGGAGGGUUGGACUCUGACUCAGUGCCAGCUCCUGCCUUCCAGGAACCCAGUGGAGGUCCAGGGAGUGAACCCGUGGUGACCUGCCCUGGUUGUGCUUCUCUGGGGCAGCCUGGGACAACAUAGCUCUUCCCCCUUGCCAGGGGUGUGGAUCACUGCCAGCAGGGCACCUCCAGUACUCUGGAUGAGCAGUAAGUUCAGGCUGAUCCAGAAGGGGAUGGCUGUGGACCAGAAGUGAAGGAGAAGGUGGCUUGCCUGGCAGCAAUGGGUUCCUGAAAUGCCUGGCAUUUACCUCCUCUGGGCCUCAGGUCUGCACAGGUAGAAUCUGGUUGUUCUGAGUUUUCCUGUUUGUUUUUAUUUUUAUUUGAAAAUGAAUUAUUCUCUUAUAAAAUACAUCCUUAUAACUGUU